CAGUAAUCCAGCACAUUGCUACGAUUCUGUCGGUGGCAGGUGUGACAGAUGCGUAAGUUUGGGUAUGCAUUUCAAGAAACACGCCUGCAAGGACUAUAUAUGUACGUAAAUGGUGCAGAUGAUGAUCCUGUGGAGAGAAUGGCCUCACUUCUUGACGCUACCACUCCGCUCCUCUGCCACGUGCUCUCCAGGGGAGUGGAUAAUCUACCCAAGGGCUGGCUGCACAGCGUGUCAUUUGGAUCUCCCACAACAGCUCCAAUGGACAACUGCAAAGACCACCCUUCUGAAGAAACUCCCUUUUCUACAUUGACUCCCCAGAAACUCCAAGGAAAUUACCUUCCCAAAGAUACAACCAGACAAGUUUCAGAUUGCAAGAGGUUCAACUAGACCGAACCCUCCUCCCGUUGCAGAGGAUCAGACGGGGCAAGUGCUGAAGGCAGGCCUUUACCAGUUCCACCGAGACUGCGACAAAGGGCACCCUUUAGCCAAAUUAAGACGGCCACAUUAGGGGGAGGAGAAGGAAGAGUGUGCAUGUUUAACUAAUUCAAUUUCUAAAUUAAUUUAGUUAAAUCAGUAUAACUUUUGUGUGUGAGCAAGGCUUAUUAUCAGAAAGCUAAUUCUAAAUUAAAAUGAGAAAUACAGCAGUGUCAUCCAUUACAAAGGAAACAUGGGCUGAAAGUACUGCUGAAUUGCAUGAUGGAUCUAAAAAUACCAGAAUGCAAGGAUUAACUACAAGUGAGUUAAUAAGGUGUUAUACUGCAUUCUGAAGGCUGCUUAAAAUUAGCUGUGAAUGUGCUUUUGCUUGUCCUAAAUACACUGCAGAAAGACACCUCUUUUUUUUUUUUUUUUUUUUUCAUCUCUUUCAGUCUUUCUUUGAGCUGUCAUACUCUGAAAAGUCUGGCUCUGUAGGCACUAGAGGGAGAGAGAUAGCUUUGCUGUUGCUCUUCUUUCCAACCAUGCUCUCAAGCCUGAAGGAACCGAUUUUAGUAAGUGACGUACAGAGGUGAAGCUCAGUCAUUUCCCCGUAUGAUUUAUUCAGUGUGCGCUACGGUGCCAUUGUACAGUGCUGUACUUUGUUGAAAAGGCAUUUUCACAAGAAAUGCCCAUUUUCAGGACCAGAUCAUUCUCUAAAAAACCAAACAAACAAAAGACAGCUUUCCUGGCUGAACCUCAACUUAAAAUAAAACGUUGCUAGGAUUUACUGAGAUUCUACUAUGUCUUCUGCAUUCUACAGCUGCGCAGAAAGGUAAUUUUUAGCAUCUUGCAGACUCACACAGCACUGCAACAAGCCACAGGUGUCAAUUACUUUUGCAGUCUGUGGGUCUGGGAACCUUCUUCUAAGCUAAAACGUAAGUUGCACGAACUGUGGUCUAUACGCAGAUCUCAGGAUGUGGUCUGUACCCCACAAAAAUCUCUAAACAACUGCUCAGCCAGGUGCUGCCUGACCCCACACAAAGCGCUGCAUAUCCCUCUGGCGCAACAGGCUGUAUUUAGCUAGGUGUAAGAAGUUUGUGCUUCCACGAGAACUAGGAUCCUUGCACAGAGGUGAUUUCACCCUCAACCUCCAUUGUCUGACCUUCCAAAACUGGCACUGGCCAGAAUUGCUGCCCAUGUGCAUGCCCCUAUGGCAUCUGAGAACAAUCUGCUCCUCUUGCCCAUAAGCAAAAUGUCCUAUAAACCACCAAAGGACCAGUAUUCCUGCAUUGCUACAGAUGUAACAUUCUGCCUUUUCACUGUACUUUUCUUUCGGUUUUAAUGGACAGUGAGUAGUCACUUGAGCUCACAAAGUCAACCAACUUUGCAGUCACACAGCUAAACAUGUCAUCAGCUCUUCAGUCCCCGAAGCCAAACCUUUUGUCAAAGCUGACAUCUCGGAGCUUUGUGACAUAGGUAGCGUUUAGAUAAGUUUCUCCUAACUGCUACAAAAAGCUCUAGUUUAUCCUUUCUGAAAAAAAAAAAAAUUAUCCCAUUCUAGAAGCUGCGCAAGAAGGAAGCUUCACUUGGAUAGCAUCUUACCCCAGAAACUUCCUUCACAUCCAAAGUCCGGGUGGAGAAUGGCAGCUCAGGCAUAAUUCUCUAUGUCCUUACUUCUGAGAGUGAGAGUCAGCAUUUAAACAUUAUCUGACCACAGCUGCAGAUCUAAAAAGUGUUUGCAAUUAAGCAUGUUCUGGUACCCACCCUUGUCUUUAGAAAAGCGUGAGAGUUUGCACUGUCUGAAUGUAUUAGCCAGCAGCAGUUAAAUACAAUCGAGCUGUCUACUUCUAAGUUUAGGACAGAAUACUUCACAGCUGCAGUCCUUCUCCCACUGGGUAUGACUAAUCAGAUCUACUUCCCUGAUAUUCUCUCCAUCUCUUUAGGUGUUUGUACAGAUAAACCCUUUCGGCCAAAAGUACUUUUAUGUUGAAGUAAGUGCUUACUUUCUAUUUUUCCAGCAUACAUGUAUUUUUUCAAAUUCUGUGAGUAACACUCAGGGACUGUUAGACAGGGAGAAAUCACAGGUUAUGGAUGGUAUUGUCAAGUUGUUCAAGUCAAUGAUUGAACAGUGCAAUUCAUCACUUCACUGCCAUGCGCUAGAUCAGGGGUUCUUUCUCCUUUGUUAGCUUUUCAAAGAUAUGGGGUCCAGAAAGGAUGUUACUGUUUUGCUCCUAUUUCAGAAUUACUCUUGAACAAAGCGGGUUUUUACCCACAGAAAAAAAAUGCAGCUUGUAUGGUUGAAAUAGUAAAGUGAGUUGUAUUUAACUUAAUUACAAUAAUAAUGAAAAUACACUCUCUUGAGGAUAGCAAGGCCUUUAGCUAGCUUUAGUUCCAGUCUGACAAAGACAAACCAAUUUAAAAUUUACAGUGGAUAUCAACAUUGCUAGUAAAGAAGCCCAAAAAGCAGCUCAGGCUGAUACGGCUAUGUUCAGCAUUUAAAAAAUAACCUAUUUUCCAUUAUUAUAAGAAAGGGGACUUUUGUAAAUUCAAAUAAAAUCAAAGAUUCUAUUUUAUGACUUGGAGAAUGUUUCUUUUCUUAAGUUGUUCACAACGUAUAAUUAGAACUGUAGUGUACUUUACUACAUGCUGCACAAGUGAUUAUCUGUCUCACAGUGGCACACUGUUUCACAAGCCAAGAGUGACUGACAGAGAACUCUCAAUCUGUUACUGUAUGUUUUCUACCAUUCAAAAAAUAGUUGCCAAACUUAAUCCUAUGAACAAAGGUGAUAAAAAAAAAGACAUAAUUUUAAAACUUAAAGGUUAGUGGUUUUUUUAAUUGGUUCCCUUUGUAGCCCUUUUAAUAAACAGAAAACAAGCAGAGCACUUACUUGUGCAGUACCCAGCUACAAACCCGCUUCCUCUAACACACACACAUACACUUUUGCAAAGACGGCUCUACUGUAGGUACAAUAGCACUGUACAAUUCACAAACCAGCGAUUUGUGUCCUGAAGUACUGAACUGUCAACAAAUAAUGUAAUCACUAAUAAAGAUAUAGGACAUAAAAUCAUUUGUGAUUAAAAGGUCAUGGAUAUUUUUCAAUUGGGCUUUUAUCAUAAUAUCAUAAAAAAAGUCUUAUGUUCAUGCAAGUGCUACAAUGGAAAAGUCUAAAUAUUUUUUGGCUAUUGGUAUGCGUUUGAUGUAUAGUGAUGCAUGAUAUCUCAUUAGAAUUUAAAUACAUACCUUAACUUUUAUUAAAUACAAGGUUGAAGCUUUGUAAGGUCAUAAUACACAGCACUGCAAUAACUGAUAUUAUGUGUGGGAACUCUCCCACACCAUAUCUAAUUCUCUGAUGUCUUCUGAAAAGGAUGAAAGAGGUCAAACUCUUAUUACUCAUAAUUUACAUAGGCAUUUGACUAUAACAUUGCUAAAUGUCGCAACACUUUAUAAAUCAAGUGAUUAACAAGAAAUCUUUGCAUUAUAUUUGUGUGCCAUUAUUUUUUAUUAUUAAAAGAAUGCUUAAAUGUCAA